ACGGAUCCAUAACAACACCGGCCAGCUAUUCAAAUGCGUCUGCAUCGAGAAAAGCACGGGGAGAUGCACGGUAUCGCUGCAGGAAAAGAGAGGCUUUGUACGGGGAGACGAAUUUGCGACUGGAAACGAGGCGCAUGCAGCGGCUAAGGAUCUUUACCUCGGUCAGGAUUUGGGACUCUGGCAGCUCUGGAGAAAAACUGGAGGCUUGGAGAGCCGGAGGAGGAGGAGGAUGAGGGAGAGUAAGGGACGGGAAGGACAUAGAUGGAGGAGACGUGAGGAUGCCAGCGCAUCCUCAGCUUUUUGCAGCUCGCAUGUUGGAGUUAAAGAGCUUAUGUAAAUUGAUGUUGAGGCUCUGUCGUUCUGUGCGCUUCUGUAAGGCAGUGAGCUGGAAGGAUGAUAAAGAUGCAUGACAGAAAAGGAUCCUGCGUUAAAGUCUGGAACUACAGUGUGUGUGUGUGUGUGUGUGUGUGUGUGUGCGUGCGUGCGUGCGUUUGCCGUGCGUGUGCGUGUCUGUGUUUAUGUGUGACGCAAAAGAAGAAGAAGAGUUUAAAUGCACACAUUUGAAGACUGGCACCCUGUUGAGAAGAGAUGUGGAAAAAAAGAGUGCUUUCCGAAUCUGACGCACACAAGCUGAGUGUUUCUCUGGCGCAUAUGCGCACAAACUUAAAGCAGCUGCGCCACAUUUCAGUCUAUAGUAAGGGCAUUUCAGUCUAUAGUAAGGGCAUCAAUUAAAAUGGUCUUUUCCUAGUUAAAUGUUGGUUUAACUGUACUUAAAAUAAUACAAUUUCCGCACUGCGUGGCCGACCGGCUUGCUUCAUAAUUAACUGAAACUGCUUGAGAGUCGACUUCGUUUCUCACAUUUUCAUUUUAUCUAAAACAUCAGAAAAUAAGUCCCAAUAGUUACGAGUUCGUGAGGCAAUGUAACCACCAACACACGCAUAAAUAUUUCAGAAUUCAGACGUUUUUGGUUGCACACACAGUUCGCAUUAAUUUGAAUUUCUAAAGAGAAAUUGAUCAUUUAGAUGCGAUGAUAACGAUGCACCUGUAAAGAUAGUUAAGCUGGCCAGCAUGCUGUCAAAUCUCUUAUUGAAAAAUAUACCCACACUCCUGUUGUUAAUGCAUGGAUAAAAUGCAUAGAUUUUAUCCAAAUCUGACGCAGUGCUGCAGAUAUUAAUAAUAAUAAAAUCCUUAUUUAUUAAACCUCAAAUUAUAAAUGUUCUAAAUCAGCAGAUACAUCUACAUGAAGACAAUAGUUUCGAUUUUUGUUCAAAUUGCAGUUUAUAGAAAUAUUUAGGACAUAGUGUGCCAAUGUGUAUUCUGCAGCUUUGUAUAGUCUGUUUACUCAUGAGCUACUUUUAUACGUGUUAACUGCAAAUAAUACAAGACACUAUUUACAGGUUCGCUAUUAGUACAGAAAACCAUAAUUAGGAUCAACUAAAAUAGUUAAAAGGAAAAGCCGAGAGAUUGUGGCUACAGAAACACGGCAAUAAGCAGGUUUUUUUUAUUACAUUUAUUUAUUUCAGAAAUUUGGAAGAAAUUUUAAAUUUCCCUAAACUCGUUAUUGUCGCCUCCAAAAGCCACACAGCCUGUUUGUGUACGAGGUCAUUUGGAUUUGAAGCGCACAUUUAGUGGGGCUGGUUUGGCUAUCGUUGACACGGUUUUGUUGUCAUAAUUGGAGUCUUACCAAAGUUACAGGGAGUAAUUGGGCGGCAUAUGGGCACCUUAAUGUAAAGUGAUGCCUUGUUAAUUUCACAUGAGUGCACGAAUCAGAGCAAGUGACGCGGAAUAACACAAAAGGCAGUUGAGUUACCCCUGAGCAAGGCAGCAGGUCCGGCAUCUGCUGCUCGGCCAUGAUGGCAUUUAUAAUAAUUAGGUGGGGAAAUAAAAAGUAAAUUCCUUAAUCUGGGAUGAAAUUUUAAGCCAUUUUACAUCACAGCCCCAAGGCGUGUGUGUUCCAAAAUUCUGGUUAUUGGGGAGGAAAGAAAAGAAAAAACUUUCAACAAAAACUUCUUAAAAUGAUCUUCAAAGAUCUUUAAAUCUUUAGAUCGCUCUUUAGCUUCAUUUCAUCUAAGUUUACCAUUUCCUACCAGGCUGUAUUAUGUUAUUCAUGUGACCUGUUUUUAUUUUAAUUAUUAUUUUUCUUUUCAACCUCAGAAUAAAGCUGGCCUACUGCCUUAAACUAACGUAAUUUCUACACUUUUAGUACUAUUUCAAUUUUCCAUAAGACGGCGUUUGUUUUUUGUUUUGUGUUCUUGUUUGUUUGUUUUUUAAAUAACCCGGUUGCUCAUUUAAAUAAUCACAUCAUUCAAAGAGAAAAUAAUUACCGCCUGUCUAAAAUCCCACAAACAAAUUACGCAAAAAAAAAAAAAACGUAUAUUUUUAGGUUGGUUUAUUAUAACAAAUCGUAGGCCUUAGCCUGAGUCCCUCCAGGAAUUAUAAUUUUAUUCAGUAUUGAUUGGCGCGCUGUGGUGUGUUUUCAAGGCCUGUGCUUUUUGCUCUAAAGGACAGCCAUCAACGCUGCAAUGCACAUUUUCAUUUUAAAGAAGGGAGAAAUCUGUUCAUAUGUUUUCAGAUAUUUAGGCUUUAAUAUAUUUUCCUCUGUUAAAUUCCCAAUUCAAAUAAAAAAAAUAAUCUAAAAGUAGAGGAGGACCCAUUUAUGGAUCUCGGGAUUUUAGAGGUGAAGCAGUAAAAUCAAUUCAUGGGUUCAAACCUAUAAAACAAAAGCGAAGUGAUUUAUUUUCAAAAGGAUGAUUCAGUUUCCGAAUGUAUGCGUCGUUAUAUUGCAAAGGGUCAAUGACCAUACUGCUCAAAAUCAAGUAGGCUCAUUUAUAAAAGUUAAGUUCCACCAGAUGCCAUUUAGCAAAGGCUUAUUCUUAAACAAGCCGUAAUUGUCAUUUUGAGCAUCUAUAAAGCUUGCAACGCUGUGUCAUUUUGCAGAGCUGCUGAAAUAUUGAUCCACCGUCCUCUCUGCCAGACAUUAUAUUGUUGCUGCUCGGAUAUGCUGCUGUGGGGCUUCAUGGGAAUUAUGCCCCUGAUUAAUAAUCAGUGUGAAACCUACAUUUUGCACUUUCAGUGCCCAUUCUCUGGAUCAAGUUUUCCUUGGCGCACACUAUUUCAUAAGACUUGAUCAAUAUAAUAUUUUUCCCUCCAACUCGCCGGUAUUUCUUCAUCCGCGCAUGUAUGGAUCUGUGGCACACUUUGGUCUCUGCUUCUGUUUCUUUUGUGCUAAUUGAAUUGAAUUCCGCUUGAAAUGUAUCCUCUUUCAGAAGUGCUCAGAAAACCGUGUCCCUUAUAUUCUCUGCAAAGCAAAUGUCACAGCCUCGUAAGGUUUGGCCUAUCUCGGCACAAUGGCCACAGAAAGCCAACACACAUAAACACACAGCUCAGGUCGUGCAGACAUGGCAGAAGCCUAUCGAUCCGUAUGAGAAUGUGUAGAUGAGGUUUGCUUCCAAGUAAGGCCAAACCUUAGCCCUGUUGGAUCUCGUUUGCUUGUGCGAGGAGAGCGCAUCAAAAAUAAAAACAGACGCGAAAAUAUCAAAAGUUUUAUUGGGAGAAAUUGAGUUUUUAGUUUACAGAAUAAAUUGUAUUUAAAAUUUUGAUCAAAAUGAAUUAGAAUAAAUUAUGCUUGAAAUAAAACCAGAUGCCUCAGUGUGGAAUAAGUUGGUGCUAUUGUUAAAUUAACAUAAUUUUAUUUAGUGUUUUUUGUUUUCCUGUCCUCAGCUCUAUUUUCCUCCCUCCAAAGUCUAUUAUGUCCGCAGGUCUGCACGGUUGGACAGCCACACUUCGAGGAAUUAGUGUCCUUUUGUCUCGACACACGUCACACACACGCCGUUGACAUUGACUUCACAUCAGAGGCAGUUUAACUUCUCUCUCUCUCUUUCUUUCUUUUCUUUUAUUUAACUCGUUCAACCGAGCGCAGGGUCUAUUGUGGGGGCCCUGACAGAUGCGGGGCCCCUAGCAGGUCCAUAACAGGGAAAAGUCUGAAAGGUUAAUCUGUCCCCCCGCAGAUGUUGGCUUUGGGAGUCUUGAAGCGUCACCUUUGACAUGUCCCUCAUUCAGCAGGGGGUCCAGAAGGACACUGACCGCUGCAAGCUGUCACCUCGGCCGGCUGAGGACGCCCUGCGCUACCGCUCUAUUAGGCUAAACGGCCCUUGACGUGUAACUUAAAUGUAAGCGGGGGCGGGCUCUUGUCAGGCUGCAGGUUUGAGGGGGUUGGACACUCAUGCAAAGUGCACCACAACAUCAACAACAACACAGGGACACGUAGUCAUGUUACGUGUCAGCACGUGAUUUCCAUCUGUGGGACUGGAUUGUACACACCUGCCGUGGAUGCGCACGUGUGUGUAUGCGUGUGUAAAUUUCUGAGAAGUUUCUGCAAAUAAAAAACAAAUGUUCUUAAUUGACUAAAUAACAUGUGGGUGUUGUAUUUUUAUUAUCACCGUUUAAUGGCCAUACUAUAUCCUCAAAUAGUUCUAAAGCACAAGGAUUAAAUAUGCCCCCCACACACUCACACAUGCACACUCAUGCACACAUGCUGGGCUUGGUUCGUUAAGCCUAAUAGUUGGACAAUAGACACAUCUGCUCAUCUUUUUCUAUCAAAAGAGAAGGUACUACGGUCUUCGUUUGGUUAAACUGCCACAUAUUUGGCACGGUUGUGGGGGCGGGUUGGGGCAGCUGACUAAUAAUGAUAAAAGAAUGGAUGUAUUUGAUGCUUAUGAAUAUAUACAGGCUGUGACUUUAUUGACAGCCUUUUAAGGGAACAAUUAACUCAUCCAGCUUUGAUUUCUGUGGCGACCGUUUCUGCUUCGUCGAAAGGAAUUAAGUGUCGUUGUUGUUUUGUUUGGGAGUUUUGGAGGUUUUGGAUCCCAGACUCACCGGUUAAAAAUCAACUCCAUAUGAACCCGGAAGUUUACUUCAUUUGCGGUUAAUAGUUUAAGGAGGACUGAAUGUGAAGCCUCAUUACAGCCUUAAUGAAUUUAACAUUUUCUAAAUAAGAGCUGAUAAUUAACGAUAUAGCUGUGUACUCAGUCAGCAUCCAUGAGCAGAUUUCGUAGGGCUUUGAUGUGAGCUCUCUCUAUUAGCAUUAUUAGCAUUUGCAGCAAAAGCUAAAGGGUCCUGAAUAGUUCUAAUAGCUGUGAGCAGCUUUUCAUACCAUCCUUCCUUAAUAAGGUACCUGACGUCAGAGAAUGGGGCGGUGUGUGUACGCGUGUGCCUGAAAGAGAGAGAGACAGAAAGAGAGAAUACGAGUGGAGAUGGGUGUCCCCUUUGCGCAUGUGUAGACAGUGAGCUGUGCUGCGGUGGAACGGGCUGGAGACACACUGCUAGAGAGAUGGCGCGGCACCCGACCGGAGCGCAAGGACAGCUGGUUGGUGGUGGGGGGGCUUGAAUUAUAAAGAGAAUCAGAAAAUUAAGAGAGUAAUUAUUAAAAAAAAAAAAAAACUGUCAAGCAAAGGGGGAUUCGGAAGAGGAGUUUUCAUUCUGCAAAACAGCGUGCGAGGUAGGGGAAUAAUGAAAUAGGUGAAUGUAAGGACAGAGAAGAGGCAAUAGCAAAGGAGGCUACUGCAAGAAAAAAACAACAACAAAAGAAAUUUGAACUUUUACUGGACGUGAGGACUUCUGGACAUCAGCUAACUGGGGUAGGUCAGAUAGAUGGUUUGUCCACAGCGCUGCCCGGAUCAUGAACGCACAGCUGUCGAUGGAGAAUAUUGGCGACCUGCACGGAGUGAGCCAUGAGUCCGUGUCCGGUCACGGAGAGCUGCUGAGUGGCCACAGUCCACAUUCCCGUCCGAGCCCUAGGGGUUUAAGCCACCGUGCUAUGGGCAUGGCGACCCUGCUCGACACCGGAGACUAUCACCCCAGCCACUCUGGACACUUGCAUCCAGCCAUCAGCAUGUGUGAAGCCCCCCCUGGCAUGAGCGCGAGCAGCACUUACACUACCCUAACCCCCCUGCAGCCCUUACCCCCCAUCUCCACCGUGUCCGACAAGUUUCCUCCCCAUCAUCAUCACCACCACCAUCCACAUCAUCCUCACCCGCACCCGCACCAGAGGAUCCCCGGAAAUGUUAGCGGCAGUUUCACGCUGAUGCGAGAGGACCGGAGUCUGGCGCCUAUGAACAGUCUGUAUCCCGCAUAUCAUCACAAGGAUCCGUGCAUGGGCCAGAGCCUCUCCCCGUUAUCCGGUUCCGGUCUGGCCAGCAUACACACGUCCCAGGCCGGCAUCCCCCCCUACGCUCAUCCUGGUGCCGCUAUGCCUGGUGAGAAGAUGCUCACCCCGAGCGGGUUCGAGGCUCACCAUCCGGCCAUGCUCAGCAGACAUGCGGAGCAGCACAUGAGCUCCUCAGCUGGUAUGGUACAAAUCAACGGCCUCCAUCACCAUCCGCACGCCCACCUUGGCGCGCAGGGCCACGGCCAAGUGCUGGGGAACAGCCGGGAGCAGGCCUCCGGGCCCGGGCAGCAAGGGGGCGGCGGUGGAGGGGGUGGUGUUUCUGGGGGACAGAUGGAGGAGGUGAAUACCAAAGAGGUGGCGCAGAGGAUCACCACAGAGCUGAAGCGCUACAGCAUCCCUCAGGCCAUCUUUGCCCAGCGGGUCCUGUGCAGGUCCCAAGGGACCCUGUCCGACUUGCUGCGAAACCCCAAACCCUGGUCCAAGCUUAAGUCCGGCAGAGAGACCUUCCGCCGCAUGUGGAAAUGGCUGCAGGAGCCUGAGUUCCAACGCAUGAGUGCGCUCAGGCUCGCAGGUGAGCGAAGCCUCGCGUGUAAGCGUAAGGAACAGGACCACGGCAGAAGCGAGCGGGGAAAUGUGACCAAGAAGCCCCGGCUUGUGUUCACAGAUGUGCAGCGGCGGACACUCCAUGCCAUCUUCAAAGAGAACAAGCGUCCAUCCAAAGAGCUGCAACUCACCAUUGCUCAACAGCUGGGCCUCGAGCUGGCUACAGUCAGCAACUUCUUUAUGAACGCACGCCGCCGGAGCCUAGAUAAGUGGGUGGAUGACGGCUCUGGUCACUCAGCCAACUCUGGCCCCAACGCCUGCACCAAAGCCUGAAGAAGGACUGAUUUGACCAACUCAUGGACUGACUCAACCUCGGUGGAAAAGCUUUAAAACUUAAGAGAAACAAAGAAAACUUAAAAAAGACCUUGAAGCAACGUUUUGCCCUUAAACCUGUACUAUAUUGAUAUUUAUAGUAUCCAAAGAUGAAAAAACAAACCAAAGACUUCUCCUUUGACCUGCUUUACAAUGUUUGUUUUAGCAACACAUUUAUGUGUAACAUACUGCAAAAAGACUAUAGUUUUACUCCCCCUCUUACACACACUCGCUGUCACUGGUCUCUAGCUUUAUUACACCCUCCCCUCACCUCCCCACCCAGUAUGAAUCUAUCAUUCUCCACUGUUAUCUUUAAUCUGAUUGGUUGGUUUUGAUGAUGGGUCCCUAAACAGAGGUUUAAUCAGCCUCUUGACAGUCUGAUCUGCAGUUGUCCACGGCCUCGAAAACAGCCAGAAUGUGGAGCUCCAGUGGGAUUGGCCAAUCAACUUUAAAGAAAAAAAAUCCCACAGGAGAGACUGGAUUGUUGUGCAACCUUGUUCGGAUCAGUGGAGCGGACUGUCUGACUGUUUGUCCAACUGUCUGUCUUUCUAUCAAGCAUUCCAGACAGACAGGGAAAUGUCCAUGCGUAGACUGCUAACCCUAAAACCAAAAGGUCCAACCCUAAACCAAACCAAAUAGAAAAGAAUGCCUAACAUCAACCCACAUGGUAGUGCUUUCUUCCAACAUGCUGAGGCAUUGAAUAAUUCAAAAAGAAAAACCAAAGCCUUCUACACCUUGAAGCCUCUUUUGCAGUUUAGAAAUCAAACCACUUAAGAACAUCCUAUGAAGUAAUUUGACCAAAGAAUAUAUUUUGUAGUUGAUAAAAGUAUUUUUUACCUGCUUUCCUCCCUUACCUCCUGAGACAGACUGUUAGUGUGCUCCACGAAGAAGGAAAUCAUACUUGUCCUUCUCCACAGAACAUUUUGAGUCACGUUUAAAUAUUUGCUCCCUGUAAACGGAAAUACUCUAUGGUAUAACCCUAAAAAUUAACUAUUGAUAUUUGCCUUAUAGAUGCUUUCUUGGAAAGAAAUAGACUAUACCACUUUUAACUUCGCAGACACUCUCCUGAAUUAUGAUCAUUGUACUCAAUGUUAAGGUUAGUCAUUACAGCUACAUCUAAUCCUUCUAAUCUGCUUAGCUAAUGCCGGCAGGUUUAGUUCUACUUUAUGUGUUCAAAAUCCAGCACCUGUCAAAGACAAAUCUCUUCAGUUUUCUAUGUAAAACACAAGCUACUGGAUCUAUGUGUGGUUUUGACACUGUGUGAGGGAGCGUGUCAAAACCACAGUGCCUCUGGUGGUUUUAAUAAGCACUUCAUAUGUAUUUGAUUUUAUCUCCUCAUCAAAGAUGUUGGGCGGAGGAGAUGAUAUCAAUGAUCAAAUCACUUUCAGGCGCUUACACAGCAAUGUCAGCUUGUCACCUGAAUACGAAAGCACCCCCGCUCCCUGCCUGCUGCCAAUCCACCCUGCACUUCCUCCCCUCCCUGCCUCCACUCUCCUAGUAAGCUAUGCAUUUCAGCACUAGGAGGAAAGCACUACACAGGGCUGGCCCAGGGCAGCAUAGCAUUAGAUAUAUUACGCUGGCCCCUUGCCGUCAUCCUCUUCAUGGCCAGGGUUAGCAGCUCUACAUUCAUCAGAACAAGCGCUGAAGGAGAGGCAAGAGAGAGCUGCUUUUUCUUUAUCUCUGAGAGAAAAACCAAAAAGACGACAAGAAACCAAAAAAAAAAAUGUGUCAAGACCUGCUGAUGUUUUAUAGUGUGAACCAAAGAUGCUACCUCACUCAAGUUCCAUACGUGAUUUUUAUCACUUUGAUGAUACCAAAGAUAACCAAAGAUUUUUUCUCAUUGCACGGCCUCUAUGAGUGGUGUUCAAAGAUGUGAUGUAUGUGUCCCCUCCCCCUUAUCUCCUGUCUCUUUUUCCCUUCUCCUUUCUCCUCCUCUUUCUCCCCCUCCCACCUGCACUCAACCCAUGCACCCCCGCUAUGCGUGCUCUUGCUUCAUCUGUGCUCUGAUUACAGCUCCAUAGAUAGUCAUACUGAUGUAGCUAUAGGCAGAUGUGCUGAACUAGCCUUAGAUACACACAAUCAGCCAUGCUGGUGCCUGUGGGGUACAACUACCUUAUUAGUAAUGUGAUCAGUGGUUGUUCAUAACAGAAACACAUUACUGUCUACCGCUUUGUUGACAGGAAAGGCUUUUAGUUUGGUUCAUUAAUGAUUUUAAAUUUGCAUCUGAAGCCUUACCCCACCAGAGCUCUCAGUGUUGCAGCUUUAUUUCCACCUGGCCUGCCUGUUAGUGUGUAUCUAUAGGCUGAUAAUAUUGAUCCAACAAAUAGGUCAGACAUCUUCACCUUACAACAGGCAGAAAACCUGACAUAGCCAUGGGCAGAGUUGAUGACUCAACUAUAGGCAGACAUGUUCCUGAAAGUAGAAGCAGACGUGUUGCAAUCUUUCUAAAACUCCCAGGACGAGUGCCUUGCUUGAACCAAAGUGUUAAACCGCUGUUGACCUCUCACCUUUGACUCUGUGAAUACCUCAGCCUGUAGAAGGGCCACUACUGAAGAAACAAUGAGAAGAUUUUUUUCUUUAAUCACACCGUGGUGCUUUCGCCAGCGCAACCAUGCAAUGAAAACAUACCAAAGGAAUUUUUGUUGUCCACUUCUACAGUUUAAACCAAAGGUCUUUGUUUAUCCUCUCCCCUGCCCGCCCUUCAUCCCUCCAUCCCUCUUUCCCUUAACCUUGCUUGUCUCUCUGCUGUGUGUAGGAAGGUCCAGCACUCUGGCCGUGCAUGUCUUUACCAAUGUGUCUGAAUACCUCAUAGUAAUAAUUCCUUUGAGUUCUGCAUUGAGACGUCUAUCUGUGAGUUAGGCAGAACUCCACUUGUGUGGUAAUUGUUAUUGUUACUUCAAAAAGCUGUAUGAUUAUCUAUUUUGAAGUUGCUGUUUUUUGUUCUGUUUUGUUUUUUGGCAGAAGUGCUCUGUUUCAAGACAUGGAGGACAAGUUUCAGGGUUGAUGUAGGAAACUUUUGGGAUGGAGGGAGAAGCGUAUUUUUUAUCGGACACUGGGUUAUGCCAAUAUUAUGAUGGUAGACUAUUGCUUUUACAGGGUAAAACCAACUGCUGUGAUAUUGUGUUCAUAUUUUCCCUUUUCUCUACUUCUGUGUUGUGAUUUUAAUUUAAUUGCAUUUUUGUAUUGGUUAACCACUACUUUAAUUUAUGCAUUUGUAGAAACUCUAGAUUUGUAUAUAGUAGGUUUUUGGAAAAAAGAAAAGAAACAAAAAAGACCAUUUAUGUUACAGCCUUAUUUCCCAUGCUUAGAUAUAACAAAGGAGUAGUUUUUAUUCUUCUUCAGCUAAAUCCUAGCCGGCAUUUCAAUGUGUGUUUUAAACACUGCCAGAAACCAAGACAGUUGAUUUGCCAAUGCAGACAAAGUUAUACAGGAGCUACUUUGUUGAACAGUUGGCAAAAAGCAGUGUGUACGUGUGUGUGUUUUUCUAUUCUUUUGACUUUUUAAAAACACUUAUUUUAUGGGUAUUACUGCACAUCCAAAGAUUUUUAAAACAAACCAAAAAUUGGAAAAAAAAUAUGUAUAAUGUUGAAAAGCACUGGCAUUUGUGAGGUAGACUUGUUGAGUUUUGAUUUGCCAUUCGCACGGGUAUAGAAUGUAGAAGGCGUAGGGCUAUGUAGGCAAGCUUACUCUACCAUGUGGGGAAUCUCCUGUUCAAUGUACAAUCUGGAGCAUUUGAAACGAGGGCUGCAAGCCCCGCUCACUUUGCUGUCUCAUACACAGAGUGAGGUGGAGUUUAGGCUGGGCAGCCGGUCUGCCAGGGGCUGUGCCGCGGAGCUGGGUCUGUUUUUAUUGCCGUGGCACCGCCGCCUUGCUCCAUCUAGUAUCUGUUCUUUUGGUACGUACUCGUGUAAUGACUAUAAGCAAAGUCUAAUAAAACUGCAAAGAACCUUACCAAGGAAUCCGUGUGCGAGUGUGUAUGGGGACGAUUAUUCGGAUUGCUCUUCUGUUUUUCUGUCUGUGAAUGUGAGCGUGCGCCUCAAAUGUCAAGUACUGCUGAAGUAUGCAAGUUUGUAUGUGAGCUCAUUUGCAUGCAUCUCUUUGAUUCUGUCGUUGCCCAUUGUCUAAUGUGUUUGUACUGCAUAUUGUCAAGCUUUUUGCUGAUGUGUAUGCAUGUGUGUGGCUGACUGGUACAUUUUAAAACAGUAGGUCUCUGGGUAUCAGAGGCUGCACUGUUAGUACUGUUUCCUCUCUGUCAUGCUCAGACAGCACAGAGUCUCCACGGACUAAGGGGUCAUCACCAAAAUGUCCAUGACAGAUUACAUCAGGAUGUUAUGCAUUCAUUGUGUCUUGAAUGAAUAAGUACAGAUGCUUUAAUUUUACAUAAAAAGGCCUGUAAAGUGAACAAAAGGAUAAUGCAGCGUGGGCCUAUGUUUUCCUGUUUCCUAAUUCAUCUCUUAUUAUUUGUUUUGCCCAUAAGGAGUUCCCAUAUGAUGGGUAGCUUGGCUACAAGUCUCAUAAUAAUACUGCAGCACCUAAGACAAUCAUCUGGAUCUCUUACGCUGGGGAACUAGUUUCCCACCCGCAGAGGGGUGUCCUCCAGCUAUUCAUAUACAAAGAUGCUUGAAGGGUUUUGAUAAACAAGCAUAUUUGUUGUCAUAGACAUUUAGGAAUAAAUUACAGUAGAAGUUCAUUUUGCACUUGCAUUUCAAAAUGAAAUCUCCUUGCUCUUGUCAGCCUUGUGCUCUUGUCAGACUCGAUCUCUUUCUUUUGACCUCCUUAUCAACUCACAGUGCUUCUUCGGUUUUUAGUCUGCGUGUCAGUGUGUGUGUGUGUGUGUGUGUGUGUGUGUGUGCGUGUUUGUGUGUGUGUGUGUGCGUGCGUGCGUGUAUGCCAGAGAGGCAAUACUGUCGGUGUUACUCUCAGAUGUAAAACUCCAUGUCUCAUGACUUGAUUUGUCAUUGCUGUUUCCCAGGCUUUGCUACUGCUUUCUCAGUGCCGUGCAAUAUCAUCUGUUGUGAUUGCUAAGCAAAUGAUAAAAAAGAAAGAAAAUUGAGAAGCAAGUGAUGAUGUCAUUCAGCUUUUUUCAGUGUUCAAAUGUUUCAACAUUUCUGUAGUCACAAAAAGUAGAAAAUAAACUGUUGGUAUUUCCAGCUUCUGAAUCUUUGCUGUUGUAUUAUUAACAUUGUUACUUUAAUUUUCUUUUUACUAGGUUUUGUCUUUUCUUGCUCAGACGGACAAAUUGAAUCAAUAAAACUUCAAAUUGAAUCGGCAUGUAGGAAACAUCCAGGUAUAUGAGUCUGUCUUGGAUGUCAACCUGCAUGACAAGUAGUUUCAGAAGAUAGAUCCUCAAGGUUAGAGGCUUCAUUUGCACAGGCCUUCUGUGAUACAAGCAGCCCAUCUGAUGCAUCAGCAUUUGUACCGUGGGAUGAGAACAUGAUGGAUUGCACACACACACGCAGUAAUUUUUACCUCUAACAAAUGUGGAUUGAAGGCUUUUAAUUGACAGAUAAAUUGUUAGUCUGGAAAAGUUCCAAAAUGAAUCACAUUGCCACAACAAGUAAAAUAUCUCAACCUGAAAGCUUCUGUUUUAACAAACCUGUAUAACCUUCAUUUUUUUCUAAAUCUCCAUGAACUACUAACAAACAGGGGUCCGUCUUUACUAUAAAAUAUGUAUAACGCCAAAGAAACUAGAGCCACCAGUUUCUUAUUGCUAAAAAUGUGAGUCACAUUUAAGCAGCCAAGUGCAGAAAAACAAAAUGUAAUUGCAUCUGGGCUAUCAUUUUAACUUUCUCAGAGAACUACACGUGAGUCUAUUUACCUACUCUGUAGCCCAUUACUAAUUUAACUGAAUGAUCUCAAAGUGCAACAAUAAAGUGAUUCCCUGCAUACAACAAUGAUCGUCAGUACUUGUCCAGGACGUGAACAAAGGUUUACCUGAAGAACACUUUAACGUGAUGAAAUGAUCAGUGCUUUUAACUACUAGGG